UAAAUAAAAAAGGAGGAAGUCAGUAAUUCUUGUUAAGUGGUUUGUGAUCCCCGCAGUUAACUUAAUUUAAAUAGCAGCCUUAGCCCUGGAAACAGGAUUCCACACGCAUGCACAAACACACACACACACACAGAAGCAGAUUGCACCCGCUUACUUUUGGCCAAGGUUUAAAGAUGUUGGGCAUCUUUUUUGUGUUGCUCUUCUUUUGCAAUGCAACUCUGAGCAUAAAAAUCUGCUCCUUCAAUGUGAGGACUUUUGGAGAAGCAAAAAGAGCCAUACCUGAAGUCGUAGAUGUCAUUGUAAAGGUUAUUUCUCGCUGUGACAUCAUGCUAGUGAUGGAAAUAAAGGACACCCAAAACAAAACAUGCCCGUUUUUAAUGGAGAAGCUUAACAGUCUCUCAAACGGAACAGAAAAAGAAUUCAAGUAUGUGAUUAGUGAACGAUUAGGAAGAAAAACCUAUAAGGAACAAUAUGCUUUCAUCUAUAGACCAAAACUGGUAUCAGUGAAGCAAACCUAUCAGUAUCCUGACCGUCAGCCUGGGGAUGAAGAUGCUUUUUCUAGAGAACCCUUUGUUGUCCGGUUCCAGUCUCCAAGAAGUGCUGUCACAGACUUUGUGAUAAUCCCUCAACACACAACCCCUGAAACAGCUGUGCGAGAAAUUGAUGAACUCUACGAUGUCUAUGUAGAUGUGAAACAGCAGUGGAAAUCUAAGAACUUUAUCUUCAUGGGAGACUUCAAUGCUGGCUGUGGCUAUGUUGCAAAAAAACACUGGAAGGACAUCAGGCUGAAAACUCAAUCCAAAUUUGUGUGGUUAAUUGGCGACACCAAUGACACAACAGUUAAAGGGAGCACAAGAUGCCCAUAUGACAGAAUUGUGAUCACUGGAAAGCAGCUCAUCAACGCUGUUGUCCCAAGCUCUACACAUAUCUUUGAUUUCCAGAAUGCUUUUAAUCUGACUGAAGAACAGGCUCUAGCAGUGAGUGACCACUUUCCAAUAGAGUUUGAGCUGAAAAUGAGCAGAAAUUCCCCAAGAUCUUCUGCGCCCAUGAAAACAGCAGCAAGGAAGAAUCACCACUUUUCAUCAUAAGUGCAUUGGAUCUUCUUAAUAUUAGAAUCUUCUUAAUAUUUCUCAUGAAAAUUAACAAAAAGCUAACAUGCACAACACAGCUAACUUUUUUUUUUAACUCCGGUUAAAUGUUUUCUUCCCAAAUACAGUAUUUACUGAACAACUUCUCUAUAGUUUGUUUAAACGUGAAAGCUAGAAAGAUGAAUGAAAUCUUUUGGUCUUUAUAACAAUUUUAAGCUAAGUAAAAAUAAAUGAACUAAAAUCAUCAGUUCUGGAUUCCAGUCAAGCUGAAUACAACCUUAGGGAGAUGUUGUAAAAUUAAAUGCUUGUAUAUGGCUCUACAUAUAAAUCUGUUGACUGAAAAGUCUAUGCUUAAAUAUUCCAGAUCUGUGUUUCUCAAACUGUGGUACAUGCAUCCCUGGAGGCAAAUGUCUAGAGGUAUACAAGAGGAAAGGAUGAGAGAGUGUAACAAAGAAAAGGGGACAUAUAAAUGGGAAAAAAGAA